AACACUUGUCAAAAUACACGCAGUAAAAUUGAAGUUGAAGCAAAGCAAAGAAACUAGGGUGGAAUGUGGACUAUAAGGAUAAUAGAUGAAAUAAUAAAAGAGUCUGACUUCGGGGUCCAUGUAUACGAGGUUUUUGCUUAAGUCAACGACUCUAUUCGCUAGCUAGCGAGCUAUUAGAGUUUUUGUUUAGCCGGCUAGCUAAGCGUGCAUGAGUUGGGAGUUUUUACCUCACGGUAAAAAUGUGUGACUCUAGCAUGGACAAUGGCACCAUUUACGUCCGAGAAAGAGGCAACCUUCGUCGAGUCAGCGACAUAGUCCUGGCACAACCAAAGCCAGUGUCAUCAUGCAGGAGGACAAAUCCGUUUGUACUGAAAAAAGAACAUUUUGUAUUCACCUACAACGCAGAGGGAAGUCUGAGAUACACCACAAAAUCUCUCUUUGACAUCACUCUGUUGUUCGUAGCUGACAACAUUCACCAUGUGGACUCUCUGGUGGGCUUCCCCGAGCAAAUAGGGGACAGACUUUUUGCAGCAGCAGAAGAGAAUCGUGUAUUUUCAAACGCAGACAUUUCUCCAAAAGCCCUGCGGUUAUUCAGUGAUGCAUACGGGCAGAUAGUCCUUGGAUCCCUCUGUCUACGAAAUAGGUUUCCACUGUUGCAUGAGAGGAUUGAUGAAAUAAAAACAUUUCAGAGUUUGAAGUCUCUGGAUUUGUUUGGCUGCAGACUGGGUGAUGAUCAUGAGAUAUUCCAGCAUCUAACAUCCACCUCAUUGGCAAACAGCCUAAUUCAGCUUUUCAUCGGUGGUAACAGUCUGUCAGAUGUUGGCUUACAAAGAUUGACUGCACCUAUCCGGAUGAUGAGGAAGGGACUGGACUGUCUUCAGCUCCUGGAUGUUUCCCAUAACCCUAUCUCAGAGAGGGCCCUCAGAUACCUCACAUGCCUCCCCAAACUUGAAAAACUUGAUGUAUCAGGAACCGGUUUGAAGCUUGGUUCAGGAUUGAAAACGACCAUAUGGAACCUGUUGGGGCUCAUUUGUUCUGACAAACCACUGGACACAUUUGAUCACUCAAGAUGUAAAACAGAAGGUUGGGCAGAGCAGGUUGUAAACCAGUGGGAAACAAAUAGCUCACAAAUGCCAAAACUGAAGAAAAUUGAAGCAUCAAGAACAUCAGCAUUACGCUUUUUUGGAAGACAGAAGUUUGUCAGAGAAGUACUGAAUGCAGCACCCAUGGUAUGUGAAAGUGAAGAAGAGGCCAAGCGAGAGAGACUGCAUUUCUACAGACCUGCCGCAAAUAAUCACAAACGUGAGAAACAGGUUUCUUACCAGAUAAAUCAUCCAGCGAAGACUUCCUGGAACACUAUCAAAAAAAGACAGCGUCAGUCAGAAAGGUGUGACAGUUCAAAUCACAGUCCUCCAACAAAACGUUCGCCCUCAGACCUUACUGCAGAGGACAUUGAACUGUUGAACAGCUAUUGAGGUAUGCAUUCCACAAAGACCAGAGCACAGCAUGAGUGGGUCCUUUAACAGGUAACAUUUGGACUCAAAGGAACAAGAAUAUUUUUCAAGAUGAUUCACACUGGUUACCUGUAAACACUUGUUCUUGUAUACAGGUUGUGUUUUUUAUGUAUUUUUAUAAAUAAAGUUUAAUAUUUUGCAUG